UCGCCAAAACAAACACACACAGAGACACCUGUACACACAGACAUGUACAUACACACACAUACAGACACAGAAACAUGUACACAGACGCACAGAGACACGUACACACACACACAUACAAACAUGUAUACACACACAGGCAUGUACAGACACGCAGACACAUGUACACACACACACACAUGUACAUACAUACACAGACACAUGUACACACAGACACAUGUACGUACACACACACGUACCUACACAGACACAUGUACACACACACAUACAUGUACAUACACGCAGACACAUGUACAGAUACACACAUGUACAUAAACACAGACACACAAACACACACACAUGUACACACACACCCCUAUAAAAAGUUGCAGCACUUCGUUGUUCACUCACAGAGCCGGGUACUGCACUUUAGGGGGAGGCAGAGAGCACAGCACACACGCCUUCCUUUGCUUUCACUGCGCUCAGCUAUUGAGCAGUCUGACGGCUCCCAGUGCCAAUGACAGAUCCGGCCUAAGCUCUGAGCCUGCUGAGCAAGACGGCCCUGGGGGACACACUCGCCCCCACCAUAAUUUCCACUCACCAUUGGCGAGCAGGCGAGUGGAGAUUUCAAG